AUGGCUACGCCAUACUAUAGGUCUGAGUUCAGUCCUUUUGAGAUAUCAUCGGAGGAGGGUCUGUCGACUUCAGUCUUGUCGAAAUCCAAGCGGGCUACCUGGGCCAAGUACAAUCCAAUCUCUGUUACCAAAUCCUGCCUGUCGGUGUGGAGAUGCUCACAUGUAUGGUGCAAUACCCGACCUUUGUCAAAACAGGCUCUGUUCUGUCGAUUGGUGCGGCGUCCCUUUUGGGGUCUCAUCAUUCUUCUUGGACUCCUCAAGCUCCUUUCCCUGACCUGGCAGGGCCUUGUGUAUCUCUUCCCGGAUGAUCUUGACUCUGCACUCGAUGCAUGGGUUUUACCCGGUGGUCGCCCGUCGAUCUUCUCUCACUGGGCAACGUACGGUGUCAUUCCCGUCGCUUGCCACUCACAUAACGAUUACUGGCGUCGCGUUCCCUUGCAUUCUGCCCUCGCUGCUGGUUGCACCAGCAUAGAGGCUGAUGUCUGGCUCUCGGGCAACGAACUCCUAGUGGGACAUCUACCCCUUACGUUAACACAAGAUCAGAGCUUGCGCAGCCUGUAUCUCGAUCCACUUCUGAAGAUGCUUGAAGACCACAACCCCCGAUCGGUCAAUUUAUCCUUGGAUGAUAAUGCAGACAGGAACGAUGUCGCCGGUGUGUUUGCAAAUGAUCCGUCCCAGAGUUUAGUGUUGCUUGUCGACUUCAAAGCCGACGGUGAGCAUCUUUGGCCUCGUCUCGUCGAAAAUCUAAAGCCGCUCCGUGAAGCGGGGUACCUCACACAUUUCAACGGUUCGUCCGUCAUUCAGCGACCGAUUACGGUUGUUGUCUCAGGAGAUGCGCCUUUCCAUCGUCUCUUUGGGCAAAUCACGUAUCGCGAUAUCUUCUUCGACACUCCCCUCGACGAUAUCUCGGCUCAUUGUUCGCAACGAUCGGCAGACAAGCUUCCGUACACCCCUUCUAAUAGUUAUUACGCCUCUGUCAAUUUUUACAAGGCAAUUGGACAUCUGAACUUUAACCGAUUCUCUCAGAGCCAGCUCUCCAAGCUCCGGUGCCAAAUCAACGCUGCACACGAGCGCGGUCUUAAAGUACGAUAUUGGGGCACACCAAGCUGGCCGCGUGGGUUAAGAAACCAUGUGUGGCAUAUACUUGUGCGUGAAGGCGUGGAUGUAAUUAAUGUGGAUGAUUUGAGGGACGCAACACAGCGAGAUUGGAGAAAGCAUCGCAGCUGGUGGAGUUGA